CGGCUGCAUAGCGCAGCGGUGGUGUCUGAGCGAUCCAUGGGCAGCGGCUAGGGUCACGAUGACAGAUUACGGUGAGGAGCAGCGUAACGAGCUGGAGGCUCUAGAGUCCAUCUACCCUGACUCUUUCACAGUAUUAUCAGAAACUCCACCCAGUUUCACCAUUACUGUGACAUCUGAGGCUGGGGAAAAUGGCGAAACUGUCCAGACUACACUCAAGUUUACAUACAGUGAAAAAUACCCUGAUGAUGCUCCUCUUUAUGAAAUACUAUCCCAGGAAAAUCUAGCAGAUAAAGAUGUCUCAAACAUUUUAAAAUUAUUAGCAUUACAGGCAGAAGAAAACCUUGGUAUGGUAAUGAUCUUUACCUUAGUAUCAGCUGUGCAAGAAAAAUUAAAUGAAAUAGUAGAUCAAAUAAAAACUAGAAGAGAGGAAGAAAAGAAGCAAAAAGAAAAGGAAGCAGAAGAAGCUGAAAAGCAACUGUUCCAUGGUACUCCUGUUACAAUUGAGAAUUUCUUAAGUUGGAAGGCCAAGUUUGAUGCAGAAUUGUUGGAAAUUAAAAAGAAACGAAUGAAAGAAGAGGAGCAAGCAGGAAAAAAUAAAUUAAGUGGGAAACAGCUGUUUGAAACAGAUCAUAAUCUUGACACAUCUGAUAUUCAGUUCUUGGAGGAUGCUGGAAAUAACGUGGAAGUGGAUGAGUCUUUGUUCCAGGAAAUGGAUGAUUUGGAGCUGGAAGACGAUGAAGAUGACCCCAGCUACCAUCCUGCUGACCCAGAGAGUGACUCCACCGACUAAUGGACUGACCCCAUUGUAGAGAUGCGCCACCGCCACAGCAUCUGUGGCUAUGCUGAGGGGGCGUUGAUUUUCCUUUAUUUUUUUCUAAGAAAAAAUAAUUUUCAGAAGAAUAUUCUUCUGAUGAUAACUUUCAUCAUUGAACUAAAUAAACUGACCUUACGAUUUCAA